AUGGAAAAUGUAUCAGCAGUGACAUCCUUCAUAUUGACAGCAUACACUGAACUGGAAGAUCACAGAUAUUUAUUCUUCACAUGUUUCCUUCUGUUAUAUGUUGUGAUAUUAUUGGGCAACUCUGUUCUUAUUUUAGUUAUUUACAUUGAGAGGGGCCUGCAUGAACCCAUGUAUUUGUUUAUAUGUAACUUAGCAGUGAAUGGACUUUAUGGGAGCACAUCAUUAUUACCAUCUAUGCUCAUCCUUUUGUUAUCUCAAAACUAUGAAAUAUCUCUGACCCAUUGUCUAUUACAGAUAUAUGGUUUAUACUCAUAUGCUACAGUUGAAUUUACUAUUUUAGCAGUGAUGGCCUAUGACCGGUACGUUGCUAUUUGUCACCCAUUACACUAUCACCUCCUCAUGUCACCAAGAAUGGUUCUUUUAGCUAUAGCAUUGUCCUGGAUCGUCAUGAUACUAUUUUCCUAUGCACAAAUACUCAGAGUUUGCCUCCAUGCUUCUAAGGAAUCUCAGAUCAAAGCUUUUCAAACAUGCAGCCCACACUUAGUGACUGUGAUUAUCUAUUCUGUGGGAUGCUUAUUUAAGCUGACCCACACUUAUUCACAGUUUAACAUGAGUAAUGUCCCUUAUAAAGCUAACUUAUUCAUGUCCCUUUAUUUUCUGAUAAUUCCCCCAUUGUUUAAUCCUCUCAUUUAUGGAAUUAGCAUUCAAGCCAUAAGAGUUCAGUUACUCAGACUGUUUAUUUGUAGGGAAAAAGUGAAUGAUCCCCACUAUAAGUGA